GGAGUUCCAAAGGGAAGCAAAGAAUUUUUUAAGAAAAGCAGCUUUGAAGCUCAUUCAGUGACUGGUAAAUAUACUUUUUUCUAAUGAUUUCUUGUAUAAGUUUUUAACCUAAUUAAUUUUGUUUAUAUAAAGAAAAAUUAAACUUAAAAACGUUACUCGGCGUUUCGAUGUUUCAAACAUCAUUAUCAAUUGUGAGAAAUGUUAAGUUUCAAAGUUGUUUAAAGAGCUGACGUUUGAAUCAAUAAGACUGUAUUCGUGCAUGCUUCAUUGUUCUGUAGGUUUUUUCAUAGAAAAGCUUAAUAAUAGGUGCAGUUACACGGGACACUUUUACCGUGCUAAAUGGGAAAUUGGCGUGGUGGGUGUGACCGGACUGUCCCGAGAUAAAUUUACCAUGGGAAAUAUCCAUGGUUACGUCGAAAAGAAGAAAGAAAUCGCCCAUGACAUUUAACGUGGUAAAUAGCUGAGGGUUUUUGAUACCCAAGGCAAACAGAGCCAAUCAGGUUUCCUCAUUUGACACCAACAUUAAACCACAAAAAAUAAAAUUUACUUUUCGACAUGUGUGGUCUGAGCGUAUGUAUCUUUUGGCUGUGUGUGUUAUGAUGUGUGUUACACGAGCCAAUAAGGUUGAAAGUACUAUGAUUUGAAGCUAGGAACCGACGAGAUUUUGGCAUCUAAGCCAUGACUUUGUCAAAAGUCAAACAAGGGUGCUUGAGACUGCCCCUAUCUUGGUUCUUCACAAUUACUAGUUUUUCGUCUUUUAUCACGGCUAAAGGUGUUUAGAAGAAUAACAUUUAAAUAUCUUCAGGAUUCAAACACUAAGUACAGUAAUGGAGCUGUUUAGGGGCUCUUGUUUUUGUGUGGGUGCUGCUUCGAGACAUUUCUGACCUAAUUUGGCUACCUCGAACGGUGCAACGCACGUAUUUCUUAAAUUAUGAGUUCUGUUUCAUCUGCUUCAAGGUAGACUAUAAAAGAUCAUAUAUUUUUCAAAGUGCUUCAAAUGAAACGUUAAUAACUAAUAUUUAGAUAUGGACUUUAAUUCGGUAGUAUGCGCCCCAUAAAUUGUGGUUGUAGAAGUUUGAAAGGAAGCUUAUUAUUUUUUUUUUGAAAGCUGUACCGAGUAAGUUAAUCAUGUAAAUAAGCUUUAUUCAGUCUGGCUUACAGAGUUCAACAGAUCUUUUUCGUUCCGGCAAACGUGAAUUAAGUGAACAACAUGAUACAUGCUCGCUGCUUAAGAGUCACCGAUUUCCUUCAACAUACUUUCCCCCUGAUUAAGAAAAAAACAUCAUAUGUUUAGAAAAAAUUAUAACUAGCAGAAGCACAUUCUGCAAUUCUUCAUUUUCUUAUCUUUUCUGAAUAUGCUCUUUUCAUUUGUGAAUUUUCACUGUAGAAUAUUCCACAGAAAACGAUCUUUUAAAGAGCCUUGAAAAUGGAAGUGUGGACCAGAUUUGGCUGUUUGAGUGCAGAGCUAAGGCAGACUUCCCUCUCAUGUUUGUAAAAGUUCAUCAUGAAGCACCAGAAAUCGGGGUACAAAUAACGACACAAGAUACAGAAGAUGGUCGGCAUUUCUCAGAUUGGGUUGAGAACAAUCAUUAUUUUGUUGACGAAGAUGAUUAUGAUGAUGAAGAUGAUGAUUAUUAUGAUGAAGAUGAUGAUUAUUAUGAUGACGAAGAUGAUGAUGAUUAUGACGAUGAAGAUUGCAGAUAUCCGUUAAAUGUGGCUCUGAACCGGGUGGCUAAGGCUUACACUCAGGGGUGUUUAGAUGUAAGAAAAUUUCAUUUUCUGUUUUAUUUUAGGCAUCAGUUGUGUUAUUGUCUCGAAUUCUCUGAUACGAAAACGCCCAUUCUGCAUGAACUAAAUCGCAAGCAAACUGCAAAAAUUGAAAUGAGUACUUUAAAGUUAGUCAGUUACCAUUGCUAGCCCCUUAAGCGUCUUUUGCAUGUAAACCACCUCCUCCGAUUAGCGUCGCAAUCUUUCUCUGUCAACCCCUGCCCACUGAUUUUCUUUCGUCCCAAGUGAGGCAAUCCAAGACAGUUUUGGAAUCUGGAUUCCAAGCCGUGGAUUCCGGAUUCUACGUUCCAAAUUCCAGUCUUUGUCAGUGUAACUUGGAUUCUGGAUUCCAACAAGAGCGAAUCAUUCUCUCUUGAUUCCAAUCGUAAGUAGGAUUCCUUGAGCUGUAUUCUGGAUCCCAAAACUCAGGAUUCCGGAUUCAUCAAGCAAAAUUUUCCCUUAUUCCGUACAGUUCCUCUUGCAAAAUUCGACGGGUACGGCCGGAAUCCGGAUUCCCUUGCAAAUGGCGCCUUUAGUCCUGAUAUUCAACAUUGACAAACGUCGUUUUCCUCCACCCCCUGUCUGCGCUAUAAGAUGAUUUCGACCGGACCAGCAAAGAAAGAAACGCUUUUUAAAGUUUAAGGUUUCAUUAUAUUGCCUUUAUUUUAGUUUUGGUAAUUCGUCAGUAGCAUAAAAUAAUAAAAGAUAGAUCCAAAUAGACUUUGAUAGACUUUGUCUAAAUGUUAAUAAAAUCAUCGUUUAAUAAGGCUUUGAAGAGGUGUGAGUGUCGAUACUAUCUUGGAACCCGUUAUGUUAGCAAGACAUUCUCAAAUUUUCCAGUGCGGUGUAAUAAGCGUAAAAUACGAGGAGGCAAUUAGCUGAUUAGUAACUUACAAGCGUACUCAAGGAUUUAAAAUCAGGUGUUUCCCGUCAAUUUUAGCUUGUCAGUGAACCGGCGAGACUCGAAUCCGGAGCAUCGUUAUAGUCUAUGCUCUGGCCAAUCCACUCUGCUUUCUCAGUUUAAUUUCUUAGUUAUUUGAAUUCGUUUCUUCAACAGAAGCGCUGCUUUCAAUUGUUCGACUAUGGCAAAUCCCGUGGCAGUCUGAAGAAAAACACGGGAAAGAAGAUGGAAUUGAUUGAUUACUCAAUAUGUGGCUUGGCGGGACUGCUGGUUGUUCUUUUCAUUGUUGGAGCAUUGGGAGAAACCUGCUUAAAAGGGCUAAAAACAAAAACAAAGAAGCCUCCUAAAGGUCCGUUUUACAUUCUUAAGAUACCUUAA